CGGCAGCUUCUUCUUUCCGUUUCUGUUCUUCUUUCCGUGUUUUUGUGGAUUCGCCAUGAAAGCGUUCUUUUUAUUUUACUUGCUGGGGUCUGACAUGUUCCCCGACUGCGCCUGGGGAUGACGCCCCCAAAGGAUUGGCAAGGGUGAAGCUACAACGCGUGCAGAGCGUGAGGAAUUCCAUGCGAGAGGCCGGCACGCCGAUCCAGCACCAGAAUGAGAAAUUCAUGACGGAGGAGCUCGUCGCAGUGCCGCUCUCCAAUUACAUGGACGCCGAGUAUUACGGACCCAUCAGCAUCGGCACCCCACCGCAGACCUUCCUCGUCAUCUUCGACACCGGCUCGUCCAACCUCUGGAUCCCGUCCAAGAAAUGCCCCUCGACGGAGACAGCUUGCAGGACACAUCACAAGUACGAUAAAUCCAAGUCCAGCACAUAUUCAGCGGAUGGAACCGAAUUUGAAAUCAAGUACGGAUCUGGGAGUAUGUCGGGAUUCCUGUCUACUGACACGGUCACGAUCGGCGACAAAGCUGUGAAUAAGCAAAAGUUUGCAGAAGCCACAAGUGAGCUAGGUUCUACUUUCGUUUCGGCAAAGUUCGAUGGCAUUCUUGGAAUGGGAUAUUCUACGAUAUCUGUCGACAAGGUCCCAACGGUGUUUGAGAACAUGGUUCGUCAACAUCUUGUUGAUAAGCCUGUAUUCUCCUUCUACCUCAAUCGUGACCCUUCCGCAGACGAAGGUGGGCAACUCAUUCUCGGCGGCUCUGAUCCUGAUUACUACACAGGAGAUUUCACUUACCUUCCUGUCACACGCAAGGGAUAUUGGCAGUUCAAGAUGGACAAAGUCAAGGUGGGUGAUCACACUGUAUACUGCUCUGGGGGGUGCCAGGCCAUCGCUGACACCGGCACAUCUCUCAUCACUGGCCCCACGAGCGAAAUUGCUUCUUUCGCCAAGAAGAUCGGUGCACGGAAGGACAGCGGAGGAGACUACAUUAUUUCGUGCUCUUCGGUUUCUGAUCUCCCUUCCAUCAACUUUGUUCUUCAUGGAAAGGACUUCACUUUGGAGGGAAGCGACUACGUCCUCGAAGUUUCACAGCUCGGACGUUCCACCUGCAUGCUGGGUUUUUCUGGACUCGACGUCCCUCCACCGAAUGGUCCGAUGUGGAUCCUUGGUGACGUCUUUAUCGGAAAGUUCUACACGGAAUUCGACAUGGGUAACAAUCGCGUUGGCUUCGCCGAGGCUGUUCAGAACUGAUAACGCUUUCAUUGGCAUUACUUGAUGUUCUGUUACGACAAAAUAUAAUGAGGU